CGAGCGAGCACUCGGCGGGAAGCUCCGAGCGUAUAGUACGUACGUACAACGACCACUCUCUCUCUCUCUCAGCGGACUGCGCUCUUGCAAACUCACGCGCGUACGACGUUGCUCUCAGAGCAACGAGUCCCGACGCGCGGCAGCUGAACAAGCCUUCGAAGCCGACGACGACGACGCAACGUCGACGCAACAACGACGACGGCGCAAGUGUCGUCCUCCUCCUCCUCCUCCUUGCUUCUCCUCUCUCCGCUGAGCCGCCCACGGUUCUGGCGGGACGCCAUCCGAACAGAAGAGCGUAGAUGGGAGCCCUGCCUCUCACGGCAAUAUUUACGCGCGGCAACCAGCUGAGCGGCAGCGGCGCGGGGAUUUAAAAUAACCGCCCGUCCCCUUUCGCUGCGCUUGCCACCGACGAAGACGACGCGUCAAGAAGGGGGGGAGUCGACGCUUUUCUCGAAUCGGGACGACGAACGUAUAGAGACAGACAGCUGGUCUAGCGAGAGCGCCUGGCACUUCAUCCGGCGUCCUUGGCCCACACCAGCCGACCGACUAGAGUGGGGGUCUCGUGGCGUCUCCGCGGAAGAGGCCUGGGGCCCGGCGGACAAGGGUCGUGUUCUUCGGCUGCUGCUUCGCGAAGGACCAAGGAAGAAGACAUGGCGCCAACUAGUGCGGCGGUGUCAGUGGUUACGGCCACUGCUUCCAGUCUUCGCGGAAUAAUGUGCCGUCGUCUCGCGGCACUCCUGUUCACUCUGUCCCUGCUCGCGGUGUUGGACUGUGCGCCCUCGGACGCGGCGGCUACCGCCGCCUCUCCCCAGCACGAGGAUGCUCACCAGACGCAGGCAUCAAAGUUCACGCGCUGGUCCCGCGCUACCAACACGCGUGAGCGGCUGAAUGCAGCGCUUAGCGGCGACCAGCCGGUGUUCCUGGAGGCCGACGUGGUGCUCGUCGGUGGCCUCCCCGUGCUCGAGCCGCCGCUGGGACGCCUGUGGGACGUGACGCUCAACGAGCUCCUCUACCAGGUCACCGAUAAGCCAAAGCGGGUGACGCUCAAGCUCAACAUGAGGAGUACCGAGGUGCUGCCCCAGGCAUUCGGAGUGCUCAUGGUGGCCUUGACCGAGAACCUGCUCGACCUGUGGAUUCACGCAGACGUUCUCGCCGGUUCGGCGGGCAAGCCGCCUGUGGAAGCGAACUCGUUCAUGCGCCAGAGCUCGCCGUUCCAUCCUUUCGCCAUCAUCUCCCUGGGUUGGAACACCAAACCCAAAGGCGCAUAUUCUUGGGGCCAGGUGGAAUCCAUGGUGCGGCUUGUGAGCUGCGGCUACCCCUUCCUCUCGCGCGUGGCCUUCAAGGUCCGGGCGUCCAUGGUGGAAGCGUCCUUGGCGCAGCUCUCGUGGCUGCUUGACGUGAUGCCCAACGCCACGCUCGUCGUCUGGUCUGCGGACGGAGAGGCACCAAACGCCAGCGCUCUGCACAUUCUCCGUAAGGCCCGGCCAUCGGCACGCAUCGUCUACGACCUGCCUCAAGAGCACCAGCUCGAGAACCUUCUGGAAGAGGCCGUAGCUCAAGAGGGCGGUGAAGGCGCCAAGCAAGAGAGCACCGACGUUGGCUGGAGCGCGGAGAAGAACAAUACCGGAAGCUGCCGAAAGGCGUCCCUACUCGGACGCAACGCUGUCGUGCUUGGCGAUAACGGCGUCUCGAUGAUGCUUCCUGAUUCGUGGUCUAACUUCGAGGCCAAGUUGGAUCUGACCAAACCUCGCUCCUUGGCUGUGAGCCUAGGCGACGAAAAGCUCUCCCUCGAGGGCGCAUGCUUCCAGCUGGUCCUGAACAGGAGCGGCCAGGAGGUGACAAGCCGCGCCUGGCCGACGACGUGCAAGAAUCACGGAUCGUCGUCUUCUUCGUCGAAGAAGCCGACUGCUCCCGCCAUGGUCAAACAGUGGACAUACGGUGAGCCGGCGCCGCUCAAGCUGCAGCCGUCUCCAGGGGCAGUCGUGUAUGCUGUCAAGCUGCAAGACCCAACGGCGGACCCAACGGCGGACCCUGCGGCUGCGGCAUCCACACUGGUCCCCACGUUGCUCCUUCUGUUCUUCGGAAUCCUGGUCGUGAAAGUGCCUGAGCUUUGAGCGGUGCUUUAUUGAACUGACGAAUGCGGCGGAAUGCCAGCCAGACUGUUGGCGGGGGACGUGCACACAGCGAAGCAAACAGCGUAGGACAACGCUAGUAAAGCCCCUCCACAGAGGUUGAAGUGGCCGUAACACUUUGAUGGAAGGGCUUUAAACGCUAGAAGCGUCAGAAGGGUUUUACGUACUCGUUAACUCGGGGAUUUAGGAGUGUAGCGACGGGGGGAAGGUGCAAACUGAGAGAAGCAUCUACCUAGGUUUCCUUUGACAGAAACGAUACACAUGUACUCCAUUGCACUACAUCCCACCUGUAGUGGCAGUUCGAAGUCUAAAGGAUGAUAGUCUGCUCGUAUACCUAUACCCUUCCCACGACUUCCGAAGUCACUGGGCAACAUUCCUACCACCGAAACCCACCAGCUUAUUUGGAGUCUCGAUAUUACGAUCGCAAAGGGUCAGCGAACCUAUCCAGGAAAGUAAAAUUCGGGCUACAGGCGUAAAAGCCCAACAGCGCUUUCAACAGCUCGCAGAUGACUAGAGUGGCGUGUAUGGAAUUACAAAAAUCAAGAGAAACAGACUUUAAUGAGUGGUCGUAGAGUCAGUGUGGUGUCUCUGAUCCACUAAUAAUUGUAUUUUUUCACCUGCUGUUGUCAGAGGACCAUAACGCAAAGGAAAGUCAAUGACCAUAUAAGUUAAUUCUAGCAAUUACCAGAACACCAUUGUGUUACCGUUUUCAUCGCGCUUCCGUUCCGGCACAUUUCUCAUAUCUCAGUUCACUCAGACAUACGUUUACAUAGUAUGUAUACUGCAUCUGGCGUGACCACAAGUAUUCCAGUUUCAAGCGAAUAGUGCAUUCCUCCUUCUAAAAUAGCAGGAUUGUAUUUCUUUAAGCACUAAAUGAUUGUACAAUCUUCCAUAACAAGAUUUUUACAUCAAGGAUAGCCAAUCUGAAAUCACCGACUCUUCCAACACAUUAUGACGUCACAGUUUGCUUGUUUCGCCUCUUUCGCGCACAGAUGAUUUCUCGUAAGAAGCUACACUUACAAAACCGGUCUAGGAAAUCUGUUGUGUGUUAAAGCCAAGCAAAAAUACGCCGGAAGACAGAGAGGCACGAUACGUCUAUAUUGAUUCAUGGGCAACUGUGAUGUGACAUACGAUGUUUUUAUUCAUUUAUGCAUCUAAUAACGCGUCCAUGGGCUCCACUCAUUCGGCCAUUUUUGUGAACUUAGAGCCCAGCUUUCAUAAUAGGAUGUACCCGUUUAUUAUAUUUUAUUCUAUAGCGCUUAGAAAGUCCCAAAAAAGUGUGAGGUAUGAUUCUUGUACGCAGCUACAAAAAGUAAAACAGAUUUUUUUUUUUGUUAUUUCUAUAUUGUAGAAACAAGAUUCAGCAAUACAAAAAAAAAAAAAAAAAGAAGAAAGCAUUACCCACUACUGUCCAGGUAUGUCAUACAAUACGCCGGAGUUCGAUGUGUUAUCACGUGAAAAGUGUUCUCCCCUGGCCCCGAAAGCCGUUGUUCGGUCUUUUCUCCUGUGCGCCUGGCUUGCGGCGUGCAAACUUGUCGUGCGCUGUUUGCUUCACUGUUCAAUGGUGUUAUUUUGGGGCUGUACAUAACACAUGUGACACUCGCAAGCUCUGUUGGCUUUUUUUUUUUUUUUUUCGCUGUAGAAGUCGCUUUGCUCCGUUGAUUGCGUUAGCGAAAGUAGUUUUGAAAGCACUCCGGUCUUUUAUAUAGACAGAAAGACAUUUUUUUUUGCCACAUUUUUAUAAAACAAGACAUGAUAUCGACACAUGGCCACAACUGAAAGCCGUCUCGGGCAAUCAACCAGUGUACGCAAAUACAAUUAUGUUCCUUGCAAUGAGACGUCAUUUAUAAAGAAAAAAAAAGGAAAUAUCAUUAGGUCGAGGCAGUAUGCGGUCACUGUUUGUAUAGUAUACACUUCGUUACUGGUUUUCGUUACGUUUUCUUCUUCCUUUCUCUUUUGUUCGUGCCACAAGCUUUACUUUAUAUAAAACAGCAUCACGAUUUUACAUCAUUUCACGCGUACGCACUCUGCAUCCAUGACAUUUCAUUCGGCCGCCGUAAGUCACGUUGAAGUAUUACUAUUGUACUACUCUCGGCCAAAGCCUGCAGUCGCACCAAAAUGAGGCCAUUCGUCCUUCCAUCGAGCAAUUACGCAAGGAGCUAUUUGUUUAUGGCAGGAACAACGCGUCUCGAGCGUACAGACUACACUGGUUUCUCAGGGCAAAACCCAUUCCUCUUUAAAUCGCAGCUGGAUGCUUUGACCAAGACAAGCAAUGCACGUCGUGGCUUAUUUUAGCUCUGCCUUCAGUGAACUCAGCUUUAGGUUUGCUUAGGCCAGCUUAAGGGAAUCAGCAGACGAUUCUACACGAAUUUUAACAAUCUCGCAGAGAACGCAAAGACAACUUAGUCGCGUAAAUAAUUUUGAGUUUUUUUUUUCUGGCAAGAGAACAGAUCGCGACCGAAUUUAUUAAUUUUCUUUUGUAGUUGCCAGCCCUAUAAAAAACUUGCUGUGGCAACAAGCAACUAAACGUAAUGCAACUGGCACACAGAGAUUAACUUUAUAGUGCUUGUGCGUGAUUGAAAUAUGCAAGUAUUGUGAUAAUUAGCUUACCCAGAACACACACUGCAGUCGUUAUUUUUCGUCGAUGUUUGUGGUAGUCUCACCGCGCAGGGUCGAUGAAGUAUAGGCUCAACAAGAAGACUUAACUUAUGCAUACUUAUGAUGCAUGCUUUCGCUGUCUAGACUUUAGAGAAAGAUAACUGUUGCUAGCAUUGUUUUCUUUUUAAAUCCCGGACUGCUGGACAUAGGCUCCAUUAAAUCUGCUUCAUUCUUUUCUCGUGUAUGUUGCGCAGAUGACGUCUUUUGGGGAUACGUUCGCGGUUUUGAUCACGACGUGAUGUAGAACGAUUGAAAAAAAAAAAAACUUCCUGGUUAGCACUUGCCGAACGUGUGCAAUACCUUCUUGUCCUUUGUCGUCGGACUACGAGAUUAUCACCGAUCAAUGACCUCAUCAUUGUCAGGUAUGCCACAGGCAAACGUGUUUCAUGCAGGAACACGACCUUGAAUUUAAAUUGAUGGCAGCUUGAGUCUAUUUAGCACGAUGUGAACAAGUGGUCUUAGUCAACAGUGAAACAUUUCUUCGGGUGCCUUCUCCGUACUUUUGUUGUUCGGCUGCGUUUGUGAUUGGGUACCUAAUUCCUUCAUUGAGCACAGCGGUAUUCGGUUGUACCAUUGAAAAGCCAUUAAAGAAAACGAUGACUCGUAUUCGACUUAGGGCGAAUGCUCACAACAAUAAUUUUUCUGUUCUCACUCUCUCUUAUGUACAUAUGUGUUCGCAUUUAACGAAAUAAAAGUGUGUUUUUCGUUGUAACAAA